AUGGUCAACGACAAAAAGCAGGAUUCUGGUGAUGUGGAGAAGCAGCAGCCUGGUAACAAGGACGCCGACCACCGAGGAUCUUCUUCUUCUUCGGGUGCCAAGUCGGCGGAUAUCAACAUGACGCCUUCCACUUCCCAGGAACGACCAAAGACCAUCACCGGCAACAGCAUCAGCAGCAGCACUUCCAAGCAGGUGCGCUACUCCUUUCAGAAGAAGCCUUUCGUCAUUGGCGUCGCCGGGGGAACUGCUUCUGGAAAGUCAACUGUCUGCUCCAAGAUCAUGGAAAAGCUAGGCCCACUAGAUCCCAAAAACAGCAACAACAGUUCCUCUUCAACCACAUCUACCACCACUUCCUCCUCUUCGGCGUACCUUUCUGCAAACCAGAAACGGGUCAUCUGCAUCUCUCAGGAUAGCUUCUACCGAAAGCUGAACGAGGAAGACCGUGCCAUGGUGGCCAAGGGCUUGUUUAACUUUGACCACCCGGCGGCCUUUGAUGUGCCGCUGCUGGUGCACACCCUCAACGAGGUGCUGAGCGGGAAGAUGGUCAAGGUGCCCAUCUACAACUACAUGGAGAACGAAAUAAGCAACACCGAAGAGGUGAUCUACCCGGCGGACGUUGUUCUCGUCGAAGGCCUGCUGCUCUUCUACUUUCCCGAGGUGCGGGACAUGUUUCAGAUGAAAAUCUUCGUCGACACAGACCCUGACACGCGCCUCUCGCGCAGAGUUAUGCGCGACGUGACCGAACGCAACCGAGCCCUGGACGUCGUCCUCAGUCAGUACACCACGUUCGUGAAGCCCUCCUUUGAGGAGUUUUGCCUUCCGACGAAAAAGUACGCCGACAUCAUCGUGCCGC